AUGGUGACAAUAGAAGAGUUCACUGAGCAAAGGAUCCAGAAGUUGGAGGAAAAACUACCAAAAAUAAGAAAGGAAAAUAGAGUCAAGAAAAUGACAAAUGAGAUGUAUGAGGUGUUAAGUGGAAAACAAAAUUCAGCUGACAUGCACCCUUACGAUCAGAAUGACCUGAGUCGCGUGAUGAAGAAAAACCGCAAAAAGGUUCGUGAAUUAAUGAGGAAAAAUAUUGAUAGAGAGGGUUCUACAUCGAAUGCCUCUCAACCCAUUGUUGAAUCAAUGGUAACUGGUAGGACCAACUCUGGAGGGCCAAGGGAUCCAUAUCCUCUAUUGUUUGCAUAA